AUGGCGGCAACCGCAGAAAAACUCCCUCCGGACGGAGGCAAAACAAAGGGGAAGACCGUGGACAUCACAAAGCUGAGCUCGGGCCGUCUGCACCCUGUGCCCGAUGAAUGUUUGGGGCACGAAGAAGAGUCUGUCUACGGCAUUCCAGAGGAUGUUCGCCCCGUAUACAAAGUUGAGUCUGGCUACGCAGCGCGAGAAGAAGAUGGGUCUGGUUACGGAACCCCAGAAGAUGUACGCGGAUGCGAAGAUGGGUCUGGCUACGCAACGCCAGAAGAUGUGCGCGGAUACGAAGAAGACGAGUCUGUCCACGACAAACCAGGGGGUGCUGACGGAAACAAACCUCCCGGCGAGGAAGGAGGCUUUGCCUACAAGGCUAAAGACCUGAAUGAAUGUACCAAGAAACCAUGCCUACAUGGACGCUGUGUGAACAAAGAUGGCGGAUACAAAUGUACCUGCAACCCUGGAUGGACUGGACAGAACUGUCAGCAAGACCUGAAUGAAUGUGAUGGAAACCCAUGCAAACAUGGACAUUGUGUGAACAAAGAUGGCGGAUACAAAUGUACCUGCAACCCUGGAUGGACUGGGCAGAACUGUCAGCAAGACCUGAAUGAAUGUGAUGGAAACCCAUGUGAACAUGGACGCUGUGUGAACAAAGAUGGCGGAUACAAAUGUACCUGCAACCCUGGAUGGACUGGACAGAACUGUCAGCAAGACCUGAAUGAAUGUGAUGGAAACCCAUGUGGACAUGGACGCUGUGUGAACAAAGAUGGCGGAUACAAAUGUACCUGCAACCCUGGAUGGACUGGACAGAACUGUCAGCAAGACCUGAAUGAAUGUGAUGGAAACCCGUGCACACAUGGACGCUGUGUGAACAAAGAUGGCGGAUACAAAUGUAACUGCAACCCUGGAUGGACUGGACAGAACUGUCUGCAAGACCUGGACGAAUGUGAUGGAAACCCGUGCACACAUGGACGCUGUGUGAACAAAGAUGGCGGAUACACAUGUACCUGCUCACCUGGAUGGACUGGACAGAACUGUCAGCAAGACCUGAAUGAAUGUGAUGGAAACCCAUGUGGACAUGGACGCUGUGUGAACAAAGAUGGCGGAUACAAAUGUACCUGCAACCCUGGAUGGACUGGACAGAACUGUCAGCAAGCCAAACUAUGUCCUACAGGGUGGAGUGGAUAUGAGAACCACUGCUACAAGUUGAUGAGAGACAGAGCUGAAUGGGAAAAAGCAAAUUUACAGUGUGAACGACUCGGUGCAAAUCUGGCUUCUAUCACAAGCCGUGACGAGGCCAACUUCAUCAACGGUAUCAUUACUGGCGCUCCUGUAGGGAAGUGGGGUGUUCAUCUCGUCUGGUUUGGACUGCAUCGCAAAGACGGAUUCCGUACGUUUACGGAUGGGUCACAGGUCACCUACACAAACUGGCAGAAGGGUCAGCCCAACAACAACCGCCAUCUCUUCAGCUUGGAUAAGCCACAGGACUGCGUCGGCAUGUACUCAAAGAAGGGCUCUGCCGGCCACUUUUUCCUGUUUUCAUGCGUGGAAAAGGGACAGUGGAAUGAUGACCAGUGCUACCGUCCCUAUCCCUUCAUCUGCAAGCGUCCGAAGUGACGGAAUACUUCGUUAUUACCAUGUGAGAUUUUGCAUCUCCAAGCAAGAUAGGGCGUGUCCCUAAGGCGCCACUGUACUAAAUCGCCGGUCAUCUGUUUGUAAUAGUAGGACACAGGAGCCAAAAGUGUAUUUUUGGUCUGAAAAUAGCAAAAAACCAAAGUACCAUUAAGGUAACUUCAACACAUACUUUUGCUGGUAAACUAGAGCAAACUCGACGACACACAUUAAAUUUAAAGGUCUUCAUUUAUUCAUUAAUUCAUUAAAUUUGAAAGCACAUUCAGCAAAAGAGGUG